AUGGUAAAUGAUGUCAUCAAUAAAAAGAAAGAGCACAAAGGAGCUGUUUAUUAGUCUCAACCUGAGCCAUAAUAAAUGAAUUAAAAUAAGAUUAAAAAUUCGCUCAUAUAGGUAAUUUAAACUCAUUAAACCAAACUUGAGUACGAAGUUAGUAAGUUAUUUUUUAAUACUAACUUAAAAUAUGUAGUUAAGCGAGAUGAGAUAAGAUAAAGAGCUUAUAUGUAGAAGUACAAAACAGUUAACCCUAAUUUACUUGAAGAGACUUAAAACUCAAUUCAUUUGAAUUAGUAUCCCUUCAUUGAUAAGAAUUGCAGAAAGUUUUAUCAAAACAGGAAGGAUUAAAUUACUCAUAUGAUGCAAUAGAAAGAUCAAACUUAAAGCUAAAAAGAAAAGCAGUUCAAUAAUAUGGGCUACGAAGACAUCAAGCAGAUGAAUGACUAAAAUCUUGAGACUUUCUUCAGAGACAAUCAGCUACUCCCACUGAUCUACUUUCCCACCUUCAACAAGAAGCCAGAGAAGUAAGUGGGCAAGUAUGAAUUCUUUCUGGUCAAGGGUAAUCAGUACUUGCAUAAAGAAGAUUAUAUUAAGGCUAUGAGAUUCUUCAAGGAUGGACUCAAGAGCUAUCCUGGGUCGCUUGCUUACUAGUUCAACAUUGCCCUGGUGUACUUCCUCAGAAGUGACUUCGACUCUGCCAAAUAGAUCUACGAGGAGCUAUUUUUGGAGUUGCCCGAUUCGCCCUCAAUCCUCUACAACCUGCUGCUGACUCUGAUGAAGGGAGAGCAGCACAUUGAAAUCCAGAGGUACAAGGAUGUGAACUACUUGACGAGACCGAGAGCGCUGAUGAGCUAGGAACAUAUCAACAUCAACAAAAUGCUUAUUUACUCUGCCUCAGUGCUGGCUAGGAAUUAAGUCUCUGAUGCAGGGCUCAAAGAAGAGAGUAGAAAUCUUACUUCUAAAAGGCAUUCUCUACAAUAUUAGUAUAGUUAAGUUUAAUAAAGAAAACUUAGUAAUUAGAAGUCAUUAACUAAGACUAGAUUGAAAUCAACUGGUCCUAUUGAAGAAAAAUUUCUCAAAUUUGACGAUACGUACUUUCGUAAAAGAGAUAUAACUUAACAUCCAUAAAGAUCUCUAAGACUUCUGACCCAGAAAAGAGAAAUUAGCUUGAUAAAAUCCAAUUAGCUUGUCUAAAGGCCCUAAAAAUCAAUGAUUGAAGUCUUCUAAGAAGAUUAUGAAAAAAAGAAAUAAAAAUUUGAUAGAAUUCUUUCUGCAAAAAGGCAUGUUAUGAAAGAUAGGGAUACACUUUAUGCUAAUAUAGAAACUAAUAUAAUUAGAAUUAAUUCUGCGGACAAAGAUAAAAAUAAUAGAAAGCCGAGCAUAAUGUUUAAAAUUGCUCCAGGUAAAAAUAGAUCUUCAAGUUUAGAUCUUGUUUAUAAGUAACUUGCUGAAGUCACUAAAACCUACACUGAAGGAAACAACGAUCCCAUCGAUGAAAAGUAUAAGGAAUUAUUAGAAGACUUAAGAAUAUUUAAAUAGCGAGUCAACAUUAAAGAAUUUGUAUAAGAUGAAAAAGAUAAGGAAAAGGAGGAAAAAGAAUACAGAGAAAGACCUUGGUUAGAUGAGAAAACAGAAAAGAAAAAAAACCCACUUCUUUAAAGUAAGUAAAUGGAUAGAGCAAGAUCGUUCAUUAAAAGUGCAGUAGGAGCUAAGAACAGGAAUGAAAGUAUAAAGAUAGCAAAAAAUAUUGAGAAUUUGAUUGAUGAUCAUGUUAAAAAUAUCUAAGAACAGAUAAAAGGUGAUAAAUAGAUAAAGCUUGAAAAAGAACUUACAAAAAUAAUAUAAGAUCUUUCAAUUGAUAAUAAGGAUACUUAGAAUAUUUUUGAAAAUUUAGACCAAUCAGAGUUAAAUAGUAUUGAUAAGUCUUUUAUUACAAGACUUGAGAAGAUAAAAGACAUAUCAUAGAUGACAGAAGAUUAAAAAUUCAUGCAAGUUCUGGGGAUUACAAAGGAAGACUUAGACAAGAGGAAAGAAAUGUAGCAAGAUAAGCUUUUAAAUGUUCUCUGCCCAGAUGGAGUUACUUAAGAAGACAGAGAAAGCUUUGAUAGAGAUACAGAUGAAUUUUUAAGUUAUUUGUACAACAAUUUCCUCAUAAAGUCAACUAUUGUGCCUGGAACAGAAAUACCUCAUCUUUUUAGAGAUAGUCUUUAUUUUGAGUAAAUCAAAAAAUACUUGGAAAAACUUUCCUAGACUAUAACUUCAAGAUUAGGAAUAUUUGGACAAGAUUUGGAAUUACCAUAUGAAGCAGAUGAGCAAGAAUAUGUUUGGGAAGUUCAAAUUCCCCCGAAAAAAAUAGAAUAAAAAGAGAAAAAAACUGUGUAUAAACAAAUUCUCAAAAAAGGUUAGGAAUUAGACGGUGAAAGCACUGCUAAAAGUACCCUAGCUUAUCUGUUCUUGUAGAAAAUUAAUACUAUGGGCCUUUUGAAUAAGUUGGUUUAGGAUAAUAUGUCUAGAAUAAAGAAAAAAAGAAGAGGAGGCUAUUCUUCGCAUGUCUCCAGCUUGACUUCUUAAGAGCUGAAGUAUGUGGAAUAAUAGUUAAAUAAAUAAAACAGCAAAUUUAUGAAGCUUAUAGAUUACUAAUUAAUCGAUAAUGUCUUAUCAGAUCUUAAAUUCUUUUCCCUAUUCGAGAAGGAAGUGAGGAACAAAAUAUAUAAGCUAGGUAGUUACCAAAGAAAUGAUAAUCCAGAUAAAAAUAUCGUUGAUCCAGAUUUAGAGCUUACUAAAUAUAUGUAUGUUGUACUCUCUGGAAGAGUCACAAUAAUAAAAAAUGACCUUGAUCUGGGAAUUGAGUUGCCUCUGACUACAUUCAAAGCAGGAGACUGUUUUGGAGAUCUAAGCAUUCAAUCUCAUACUGUAAAUCCUUAUGAUAUCCUUAGUAAAAACAAAAUUUAUGCCAGAGCAGAUGACAAUGAUGAUCCUUGUCACUUGUUUAAAUUUGAAAGAGAAGCAUUUAUAUAAUCAAUCUUUAAAGACAUGAAAGAUAAUCUUUAUAAGAAAAUUAUGAUGCUCAAAAGUGCUGAGUUCUUUGAAGAUUUAAGUCCUUAUGCCUUGUUUAUUUUAGCAUCUAGCGUAUAAGUUAAAGAAUUCAAACUAGGUGAUAUCAUUAUAAAGCAAGGAACUGAACCAUCAGAGUGCUAUAUCAUACUUGAAGGAGAAUGCAAAAUAAUCUAUGAAAAGGAUUUAGUAAAAAGCACAAAGGUAUCUAAAUUUGCUAAAAAAUGCUUGCAAAGUGAUAUUCCUAAGCCUCUACACUUUAGCAAUAAUGAUACCGUUGCUAUUAAUCAAAAUCAUCAAACACCUAUAGAAAGAAAUUCUCAAUAAAGUAAAUAAAUGGAUAAUGCAGAGGAGAAAAUUAGAUAAGCUGUUUAAGAGUAGAAUAUGAAUAAAUAUUCAUUUCAGAACGAGAUAUUAAAACAAGAUAGCAAAAAGAAUUUGAUAUAGUAUCGGCAUCAUGUUUGUUUUGGGGAACUUAAAAUAGGGAAUUGUGUUGGCUAUAGGACAAUGCUUGACAAAUAGAUUAUUAGAAGGCACAUCAUAGAUGAAUGUGAGUCUUACUCUGAGCAGUUGUAGAUCAAUCAGCAGACUAUUCAACAAGAGAAUUUUCAGAAUAAAGCAAAUUAAGCAAAAGCUGAACAUCAAAACUCACUUUUUAAAAAAAAGAAACUCUCGAACAGAUUGUCUCCACCUUUUGAAGAUAAAGAAUAAGUCCAUUUGAAUUUGAAAUUAAUCAACGAGAUUAAUGAGGCUACAGUCUAGGUUACAGACAUGAUUAUACUCGAUGAGAUGAAUUAGAAAGUUACAAAAUCAACUGAAACUGACAAGCAAAUAAACGCUCCUUAUUUGAAGCAUUCGUCGACAAUGGAAAACUAAGCUCCUUCUCAUAUAGCUGAAGAGAUAACACCUAGAAAACCAGAAGAAGAACUUUUAUCAAGAAACUAGCUGGUAAUGAAAUCUCGAUUAUACGAUAGAUUGAUGCAUGAACUCCAAAAAUCCUAGCUAACUGUGGUCGCAAAUACAGCAUCAGUAAAAGUUAUGGUUAUUAGAAAAGAAGAUAAGAAUUUCUUAAAUGAGACUCUCAAGAAUAUCAUUGACAGAAGGUUGUUAGAAAAAAGAUUUAGAGAUGCUGAUAGACCUUUAGACAAUAUAAAGAAUGUCCUUGAGAUAGUUGAACAAGAGAAAACGUGGAAGCAAUUUAAGACAAAACUAGAAUCAGAUAUGUUAAGAGAAGUCGCAAUGACUAGAAAAAUCAACAAAUUACUUGAUUGA